CCUGUUAAUCGAUCAAAACUAUGACAGCGCCUCUGCUUGCAGGGGGCAGCAGUGGUCGACAAUACUACUAUUUGAUUGCUUCUGUUGAGUUGGUCAUCGAUCGGUGAGGCGUUGUUGUGAUCGAGCACGACGACAACAGGAUGUUUGCGCUCUCGAAACAGCAAAAGGCGGAAGCCCUUGUGGAGAAGGCUCGAUCGGAUCCCAACACGUACACCAAGCCGUUGGAUUUUGCCAGCAACCCCGACCUCAAGGACUUUCUGAUGCACUUUUACAAAGAGAUUCUCUUCAAGAAAGCCGACGAAAUGAAUGCCAUUCUGGCAGCACACCCCAAUACGGUUGGCAAGUUUUAUCGGCAAUUAGUCCCAUCCAAAAUGGAAAAAGAAGACUUUUGGCAACGAUACUAUUAUCGAGUCAAAUCAGUCGACUACUACUUGGAAAUGUGGGAAAAGGAAGAAGAGGGCAAGAAACAUGCUACUAGUAUCCAAGAUACAUUUAAGAGAUUUCUGGGGAUGGGGGGAGGAUCGACAGAGGCACCACCGCCUGCUACAGGUACUGAUGAACUGAUCUUGUCGGAUGAUGACGAAGAAACGGGGAAACAAUCCGCUCAGAAAGCAAAGGAAGACGUUUUCUACGAUUCUCGGGAGGCGCUAGAAGGAGGCGACAAAGGCGACAAAGGAGCUGACUCCAUGCAGAGAAGCCGCAUGACUGAUCUUGGACGAAGUGAACCGCUGUUGAGGCUGGAAGGUGACAUGCCCGAUCUGGGGCGUAGUGAACCAUUUUUGAACUUAGAAGGGGGUGAUGACGGCCUCAAUCUAUCGGAGAAUUCAGGUCACAGUACACGCAGCAACCGUAGUAAUCGCAGCGGAAGAAGCAAGGGCUCAAGAGGCAGUCGGUCUCCGAGGAGAGCAAGGGAAAGAAUACGGAGAAGGAGAGAGGGCAAAGACAAGAAGGCAUCCAAGGACAAGUCCACCUCCCCUCGAACUAGCCCCGCAAAAGAGAGACAAGCAACAACAAGAACCAAAGACUCACCCAUGCUGUUAGACUUUCCUUCCACCCGAACGUACGGACAUCUUGCAAGAGCAAAACCUCCAAGUGAGCAAAAGGAAGAUGGCGAGGAAGGUAAACAAACGAAGUCGAAGUCGACUCCCCCCGGAGCAGGGAAAGAGGGGUCGCAGCCAGCUGGUAUGGGAGAGUCAAGCGCCUCAGCAUUUACUAUGGACACCACAACUGCGAUGAACACGGCAAUCAACACUGGAGGGAUGCUUGGGAACAUGAUGAGGGGCAUGUGGGAGAGUGCCAAUAACAUGAGAAUCCCAUAUCCGUCCAUGGAAGUCAACAACAAUGGGAACGACGACCAAUCAACAACAGAACGUCCGGGAUCCGAUCAAGACAAGCGCACCGUUCGUUGGAAUCCGCUCGAGACGGUUGCGACUCCCACUAGCUCUACAACGCGCAUGGCUUCUUGGACGAAUCCACAAGAUGCUGAAGACGAUGAUACCAUCGUGUCCGUCGAGUCCAACGCAAGUGGCAAGAAGUCAUUUCAAGAAAAGAAUGCAGGGCGCAUAAGUGAAAUGCCUCCACCAAUCGAGGAGCACGAUCGGUCUUGUGCGGAAUGGAUAUACUACGUUGUUUUCGCAUUGUUCGGAGUGCUUGUUGCGGUGAUCAUCUUCAUGUUAGUCAACCCCGACGCUGCUGUGUCAACAACUGAUGGAUUCUGCGCUCCAAUCGCUCCUUAUCAAGUGUUGACAACCGAAAAGGGGAAGGUUGGCAUCGCUCCUUGGUGGGUGUUUCCUUCAAGUUUCAAGCCUUGGAUGUUUGAUUUGUUUUGCGGUGACGAUCGAGUACGUACCAUGUUGAUUUGGGCGCCUCGAAGACACACGGACACUUCGUUUCGUCUGGUCAUUGGCGACAUUUCAACGGAAGAGACCCUGCUGAAAAUCAAACGCUUGAAACGAGUUCGUCUGGCGCCAGGCAAAAUUGAGGUGUUGGAACGAGAGGACAAGGUUGCUGAAGAUGGGACGUCGUCGUCGACAGAGAGUCAUCCCAACGUGCUGCUGGCGGUUUGGUCCAAGUGGUGGGUGAUAUCCAACGAGAUGUCUGCCGAGCCAGAGAACAGUUAGUUUGGCUCGAAUCUAGUCGAGUAACUCAUUCGCCAUUGGAUGUUGACAGACGGCAGCUGCAAACGAAGACUCACCUCUUGACGUGGGGAGCCACGCCCGGCCUAUGUCGUCCGUAACAGGGACCAGCGUAGCGGUACCACUCAAUGGAAAAACUGAAGCACCGAGCACAUGCUCAUGCAGAUGCUGAGUGAUAGUACCGUUGGUCGACGGUGGAACGGAUUCAUUCAGCCGAACUUGAGUUACCCCCAGGUUGCCGUCUACUUUUGCCGGCUGUCGUACCCGAAGACUGGAGCAUUGUCUUAUUGAUGCUUGCCGGAGGUUUCGCACUGAGCACGAGCAGCCAAUCUCAUGUCAAGCAUGACUGUCUUGACGCCCGGCAUGGCACAUGGGCCGCGCUCCUCUACCGGUAUGGUUGAUUGCGAUCCGUACGAUUGGCCUGGCUCAGCCUGAGCGAGUUCAUAGGCCAAUGCAUGUAUGUGCAAGCAACGGUGCAUUCGUAGCUGGUGUUUCGAGGCUACGUCAGCGAGCGAUCCAGGUGGCGAUAGCUGAAGGCAAACGACGUCAAGAGAAACGAUUCAAAGAGGGCCCAACUGCAUCGAGCUCCGUUUCACUCCUCACGGAAGAGCAGCCCUCAAGUUUUCGAGAGCAUGUUCCCGACUCAAAAUUUCAAGGAACUGGUUUCUUGUGUGUUCCAAUCACAGUACGAUUGAUGCCUGCUCCAGGUGAUAUAUUAGUACUAGUAUUGAAUCUUUUGAGUUCCUCCUCCGUCUCGCCAGGGCGGCAGAAUAGAACAGAGUUGAGGUACUAUCGUAUAUCGGUAGCUACCACCGAACAUCAAAAGGAUGUGUGUCCGUUGCAUCUCAUCUGUACGACUGAUGACUUGUGGUCUCCCAUUCUCUAUCUACGGUAUCAUAUGCAUCUACAUGUACAGCUAUCUGGUAGAGUUACGGUACGGUACCAUACUCAUAAGACGAAGGUCAUAUUGAAUAGGAUCGCACCUCUCGGGCCAGCCAUGACUAUGAGCGUCCACCACGGUACCGUACCAUACCUUUCCUCACGAUUGAUGACCACGCUUCAACGCACCCUUUCUUGAAGAUUGAAUGAAUCCGUUACAGUCUGAUGCCGUACUAGUAUGUAACCUAACUAUCUAUUGCUGGCUUGAUGCAGGUACUUGUAAUACGGUAGCAGUCAAGACCAUCAAGUUCUAGUUGGCUCCCAGUGUGUUUCAACUGCUCAGCGAUGGUCAGCAAGGUCCCGAAACACCAAGGAUGUUUGAAAUUUUUGAAACAGUUUUAGUUUCUCAGUUUUAGUUUUUGUUUCUGAUUUUUAGUUUCUCAAUUUGAGAAACUAACAGUUUUAGUUUCUCAUUUGAUAAAAUAGUUUCUCAUUUCUGGCAGAAAUCACAACCCAUGUAAUAGCAGUUUCUUACACAGUUUCUCAUUUCAGAAG